AUGGAGACAAUUCGAGAUUCAGCAUUCGGGAAGCUGGUACGCAUAUUCAGCGGUGGGAGAUGGCUGCGAUAUCCCGAAGAAAUCGAUUCAUCGGUAUGGACAGAAUACCUAAAGACAGAGCCAGAAGCCGAGAAAGAAGAAGCUGCGACGCCCGUCAAUGAAGAUGAGGAAAACUGCUAUGGCCUGUACACGGUCAUGUCCCAGGUCUCCAGGACAUCGCGUCGAAUGUCGAUUGCAUCGACUAUCCGGAACAGCAGCGAAAAUGCGACAGCUGGGACAAGCGGAGGCAUCGUGAUUAGUUGGCGAGGUCCUGAUGAUAGCGAGAACCCCCAGAACUGGAGUAUGGGAAAGAGGCUAUUUGUGAGCAGCUUGAUCUGGUUGCUCACCUUUGCCAUCUACAUUGGCUCAGCGAUUUACACGCCUGGGACGAUUGGCGUGACAGAGCAGUUCGGGGUGAGCCAGGUCGCUGCCACACUUGGUCUGACUCUUUUUGUCCUUGGAUAUGGUCUUGGUCCGAUGGUCUGGUCACCCUUAUCAGAACUUCCAAUGAUUGGUCGCAGUCCAACCUAUGUUCUCACGCUAGUUGUAUUCGUCUUCUUCCAGUUUGGCGUGAUCUACGCAAAGAAUUUUGGGAUGCUCCUGGCAUUCCGCUUUCUGACUGGCUUUAUUGGUUCCCCGGCUCUGGCAACCGGCGCAGCAUCUAUGGGGGAUAUCUGGAAUCCCAUGCUGAGAGACUACUUUAUUGCCGUCUGGGGCAUAUUCGCCAUUUCUGCGCCUGUUCUUGGACCACUGGUUGGUGGCUUUGCUGCUGCUGCCAAAGGGUGGACAUGGACCAUUUGGGAGUUAUUAUGGGUUUCUGGCUUCGCCCUUGUUCUUCUCUUCUUUUUCCUUCCUGAGACAUAUUCACCCAAUAUUCUCGCUCGACGUGCGCGCCGAGUCCGAAGGAUAACCGGCAACUCGGAGUAUAUGUCGGAAGCUGAGAUCGAGAUCAAGGCAGUCAAGCCUACUGACGUUCUCUUCGAAGCCCUAAUUCGUCCAUUCGAAUUAUGCUUCCUUGAACCCAUUGUCUUCCUCCUCAACCUCUACAUCUCCCUCAUCUAUGGCAUCCUCUACAUCUGGUUCGAAGCCUUCCCCAUAGUCUUCAGCGAAAUCCACGGCUUCAACCUUGGAGAGAGCGGUCUCGCCUUCCUCGGCAUCCUCAUCUCCACAAUCUGCCUCACCAUCCCAGGCUACUUCUACUGGAAAUACAAAUACCAAUCCAAAAAAUUCGACAAAAACUGGAACAUCGCGCCAGAGGAACAACUGCCCCCAGCCUGCGUCGGUGCUUUCGCCCUCCCCAUCUCCCUCUUCUGGUUUGGCUGGACCGGCAACUUUGAAAGUGUGCAUUGGAUUGUGCCUAUCAUCGCCUCGAUGUUUUUCGCCGUGGGUGGGUGUUUGAUUUUCAAUUGCAUUUUCUGUUACCUGGCUCAUGCGUACCCCAAGUAUGCUGCUUCUGUGUUGGCGGGGAAUGACUUUAUGAGAUCGUCGUUUGGGGCUGGGUUUCCCUUGUUUGCGACUGCUAUGUUUCAUAACUUGGGAGUUGGGUGGGCGUGUACGCUCUUGGGCUGUUUGACGGUGCUUUUUGUGCCGUUUCCGUUUGUUCUCUAUCGUUAUGGGAGGAGGAUUCGUCUGGCUAGUAAAUAUGCCCGGCAUGAUAUUUGAAGGCGCUUUCUUAUGAUAUAUGCGUUUGAUAUCCUACUAUAUAUU